AUGGCAGCAAGAACUGGUCGCUUGCUUCAAAACCAAAACCUCAACGUCCAUGUUAAUGGAGCAGGAUCUGUUUCUGGGAAGGCAGAUUUACCAGGACAGAGGAAAGGUAGGGCUGGGGGAAGAAAACCUCUCGGAGAUCUAUCCAAUGCAAGUAACCUCAUCAACCAAUUUGAUGGAAAGAAAGCCCUGAACACCGGCAAACCCUCUGCUAAUCAGGCUCCAAAAUUGCACAAGUCAAAGAAUAUUGAAAGUGACAAAAUAAUUGUCAGAAAAGCUUCUGAGAAAUCACUUACUGGUGGCAGGAAAGCACUUUCUGACAUCUCAAACUCGGGGAAGCCACAAGUUCCUGCGAUAAAAAAUAAAAACACCCUGAAAUCUAGUUCUCUGAUAGAGGAAUCUUUUCCUCCCAGUGCAAUUGCCGAAGAACAGAUCUUGCACGAUCAUAAGAAAUGCAUGAAAUCACAGUUUGAAACUGCAGACGUGCAACAAUUUUUCAAGACUGUUGGACUUGAGGAUGAUGCAGAUGAUCACAUGGCAAUUUCCUUUGAACUGCCUGCAAUAAGUAAACUGAAGUCUGAGAGUGCAUACUUGGAAUUAGAGGAGGUACCUGAGCGGUUCCCUGAAAUGCAGUCUCUAUCUGCUCAGCAUGGUUCCCCAGCACACUGCAAGACUCCAGCCUUAUCAAGUUACCGUACAAUGUGGAGUGACUCUACUGUCAAUUUCAAGUUGAUAGAAACACCAAAAUUUUCCAAAAAUUGA